UCUCUCUUUAACACAAUAUACCAACUAAGCCUUUUCUUACAAAACUGAUCAUUGCUGAUAAUUAAGAAAUGGCUUUCACUGGCCAAAAGCAACACAUGUUAGCCCUAUUCCUUUUCCUUGCAGUUGGGAUUUCCCAAGUGAUGCCCCGCAAGCUGCAUCAAACAGCCUUGCGAGAAAGACAUGAAAAUUGGAUGGCAGAAUAUGGAAAAAUGUAUAAGGAUGCUGCAGAGAAGGAAAAACGUUUCCAGAUAUUCAAGGACAAUGUGGAGUUCAUUGAAUCAUUCAAUGCUGCUGGCAACAAACCUUACAAGCUUGGCGUUAAUCACCUUGCUGAUCUCACACUUGAGGAAUUCAAGGAUUCACGUAAUGGAUUGAAGAGGACCUACGAGUUUAGCACAACAACAUUUAAGUUAAAUGGAUUUAAGUAUGAAAACGUGACCGAUAUUCCUGAAGCUAUAGACUGGAGGGUAAAAGGAGCUGUGACUCCAAUCAAAGACCAAGGUGAUCAAUGUGGGAGUUGCUGGGCAUUUUCAACUAUAGCUGCAACUGAGGGUAUCCACCAAAUAAGUACAGGAAACCUAGUGUCCCUUUCAGAGCAAGAGUUAGUGGAUUGUGAUAGUGUGGAUGAUGGAUGUGAAGGAGGUUUCAUGGAAGAUGGGUUUGAAUUCAUUAUUAAAAACGGUGGAAUCACUAGUGAGACUAACUACCCGUACAAGGGAGUUGAUGGAACUUGUAACACAACCAUAGCAGCCUCCCCAGUGGCUCAGAUUAAGGGGUAUGAGAUAGUUCCUUCCUAUAGUGAGGAAGCACUCAAGAAAGCUGUGGCCAACCAACCUGUGUCAGUUUCCAUUCAUGCAACUAAUGCGACAUUCAUGUUUUACUCCAGUGGAAUUUACAAUGGAGAAUGUGGAACUGAUCUAGACCAUGGUGUUACUGCAGUGGGUUAUGGCACAGAAAAUGGAACUGACUAUUGGAUAGUGAAGAAUUCAUGGGGCACACAAUGGGGUGAGAAAGGAUACAUAAGGAUGCAUCGAGGUAUAGCUGCUAAGCACGGUAUAUGUGGAAUUGCAUUGGAUUCAUCUUAUCCAACAGCUUAAAGAGUUCAAUUAUGCAAAUCGUGUUUCAUGUUUUCUUUAUAGCUUGUAAACGUGCAACAAAGUGAGUUAGAGUACAUGUGUUGCUACUACUACUCACACAAUAAUACCUACUUAACACUCGUUGCUCUCUAUAUCUUUUUUUGUCAGUUUAAAUACCUUUUUGUCCUUAUAAGAUGACAUUACUAAUG